AUGUCGUCUCAGAAACUUUCCAAGAGACGACAACCCGAGAUAACUCCUACAACCACCACAUCUGCCCAACCAGUGCCAACGCCAGUGCGGCAAUAUGCUGGAAAACUUCCAAAUUGCGAGAAAAGCAACUUCCACCACGUAGGAAAGUGCCACAAACUUCGAUGUAAGAACUGCAACAGGAAAGGACACACCACACGAUACUGCGGGGCACCUGCAAAGCCAAACACCUCGAAUUCUGGUGUAAUGAUGGGUCAGGUUUGCUACAAUUGUGGCGAACCCGGGCAUUUCGAAAGAAAUUGUCCAAGGGUUAAAGAUGGCCAGGAAGCUCGUUUCGCAAAGACCCCGACUCAACACAUCACUUCCACUACCGAUGCUAGCAUAGUUCAAGUGUGUUGUACGUGUGGAGAAAUGGGACCUUUCAAAAGAGACUGCCCAACAGAGAAGAACAAUGAGGAAACCGGAGGAUUCUGA